CUCGGCCACUCCCCCUACGGGCUCCGCAGCGCAGGCGCCCUGGCGGCUACCGCAGGCAGGGGGCGGCAACAUGGCGGAGUGAGCGGCGGCGGCGGCGGCGGCGGCGGCUUUGGCUGCACAACAACAGCGGGGGCUGCGCGGGGCAGGCUUCCGAGUUCCCGUCGCUUUCUGCACUCCGCGCCUCCUCGGCCGGCUGGCGGGCUCGGCGCGCUCCCGGUCGCUGCUUGAGGGGAGCGGGCGAGGAGCAGCAGCUUCGGCUAACGGGGCAGCAGCGCCCAUAAUAAUCCCUCAUUAUAGAGCCGAGUGGGGGAGCGGCUGCGGCUCCCGGGACGGUCCUUCGGCGGCGGCGGCGGCGGCUCGGGUCCGCUCCUUGCGGCCCCGCCGGGCGCUGCUGCGGUGUUGCCGCUGCGGCGGAUGCGCAGCUCCUCGGCCAGGGCGGAGCGCGGCGGCAGCGGCAGGUACUGUUGGCAGCAGCAGCAGCAGCAGCAGCAGCCAGGGCUAGAUGGCGAGCGAGAAGCCGGUGUCGGGGCCGGAGCCGCAGCCUGCUGGGCUCAUCGCUGUCGGGGCCAGCAGCAGCGGCGGAGUCGGCGGCGGCGGCGCUGGGGGAGCAGCCACAGCCAGCGCAGCAGUAGCGGUCGCAGCUACAACGACGGGAGGCAGCGGAGGAGGCGGCAGCGGCGGCAGCAGCAGCAGCAGCGGUUCGGCGGCCGUGAUGGGGGAGCUGAGGGCGUCGGGCUCCGGGUCUGUCGUGCUGCCGGCGGGGAUGAUUAAUCCGUCCGUGCCCAUCCGCAACAUCCGCAUGAAAUUCGCCGUCUUGAUCGGGCUCAUCCAAGUCGGGGAGGUCAGCAACCGCGACAUCGUGGAGACGGUGUUGAACCUGCUGGUUGGUGGAGAAUUCGAUCUAGAGAUGAAUUUUAUAAUCCAGGAUGCAGAAAGUAUAACUUGCAUGUCAGAACUUCUAGAGCACUGUGAUGUAACAUGUCAAGCAGAAAUCUGGAGUAUGUUCACCGCCAUCCUUCGUAAAAGUGUCCGCAAUUUACAGACCAGCACAGAAGUCGGUUUAAUUGAACAAGUGCUACUGAAGAUGAGUACUGUGGAUGAUAUGAUUGCAGAUCUUCUCGUUGAUAUGUUGGGGGUUCUUGCCAGCUACAGCAUCACUGUCAAGGAGUUGAAGCUUUUGUUCAGCAUGCUUCGUGGUGAAAGUGGAAUCUGGCCUAGACAUGCAGUCAAGCUGUUGUCAGUCCUUAAUCAGAUGCCACAGAGACAUGGUCCUGACACUUUUUUCAACUUCCCAGGCUGCAGUGCUGCAGCAAUUGCAUUGCCUCCUAUUGCCAAGUGGCCUUAUCAGAAUGGGUUUACGCUUAACACCUGGUUUCGCAUGGAUCCAUUGAACAAUAUUAAUGUAGAUAAGGAUAAACCGUAUCUCUAUUGCUUUCGUACUAGCAAAGGUGUUGGGUACUCUGCUCACUUUGUUGGCAACUGCUUAAUAGUCACAUCACUGAAGUCAAAAGGCAAAGGUUUUCAACACUGUGUGAAAUACGAUUUUCAGCCACGCAAGUGGUACAUGAUUAGCAUUGUACACAUCUACAAUCGCUGGAGAAACAGUGAAAUUCGCUGUUACGUUAAUGGUCAGCUAGUAUCCUAUGGUGACAUGGCUUGGCACGUGAACACAAAUGAUAGCUAUGAUAAAUGUUUUCUGGGAUCAUCUGAAACAGCGGAUGCCAAUAGAGUGUUUUGUGGUCAACUUGGAGCAGUCUAUGUAUUCACUGAAGCUCUAAAUCCAGCACAGAUAUUUGCAAUACAUCAGUUAGGACCUGGAUAUAAGAGUACCUUCAAAUUUAAAUCUGAAAGUGAUAUACACCUUGCUGAGCACCACAAACAGGUCCUGUAUGAUGGGAAACUUGCAAGUAGUAUUGCCUUUACGUACAAUGCUAAGGCUACUGACGCUCAGCUAUGCCUUGAAUCCUCACCAAAGGAAAACCCUUCAAUUUUUGUACAUUCCCCACACGCUCUUAUGCUUCAGGAUGUGAAAGCUAUCGUGACUCAUUCAAUCCACAGUGCAAUUCAUUCAAUAGGAGGAAUCCAAGUUCUUUUCCCUCUCUUUGCCCAAUUAGACAAUCGGCAACUACAUGAUAGUCAAGUAGAAACGACUGUCUGUGCUACCCUUUUGGCUUUCCUGGUGGAACUUCUUAAGAGCUCAGUAGCCAUGCAAGAACAAAUGCUGGGGGGAAAAGGAUUCUUAGUUAUUGGCUAUCUUCUUGAAAAGUCAUCCAGAAUUCAUAUAACAAGAGCUGUGCUGGAACAAUUCUUGUCUUUUGCAAAAUAUCUGGAUGGACUCUCACAUGGAGCACCUUUACUAAAGCAAUUAUGUGAUCAUAUCCUUUUCAACCCUGCUAUUUGGAUACAUACCCCUGCAAAGGUGCAACUGUCACUGUAUACAUAUUUGUCCGCUGAAUUCAUUGGCACUGCUACAAUCUACACUACGAUAAGAAGAGUAGGAACAGUAUUACAGCUAAUGCACACACUGAAAUACUACUACUGGGUGGUUAAUCCUGCGGAUAGCAGUGGCAUUACUCCUAAAGGUUUGGAAGGUCCUCGGCCAUCACAAAAAGAAAUCAUAUCACUACGAGCAUUCAUGCUUUUGUUUUUGAAACAGCUUAUCUUGAAGGAUCGAGGAGUCAAAGAAGAUGAACUACAAAGUAUAUUAAAUUACUUGCUAACAAUGCACGAGGAUGAAAAUAUUCAUGAUGUUCUUCAGCUGCUAGUGGCUUUAAUGUCUGAACAUCCAGCAUCUAUGAUACCUGCUUUUGAUCAACGGAAUGGGAUACGAGUGAUUUAUAAAUUACUAGCUUCCAAAAGUGAAAGCAUCUGGGUGCAGGCUCUGAAGGUGCUAGGAUAUUUUCUCAAACAUCUGGGUCAUAAGCGAAAAGUUGAAAUCAUGCAUACUCACAGUCUGUUUACUCUUCUCGGAGAGAGGUUGAUGUUGCAUACGAAUACUGUGACCAUUACAACUUAUAACACACUUUAUGAGAUCUUGACGGAACAAGUGUGUACACAAGUUGUUCAUAAACCACACCCAGAGCCAGAUUCUACAGUGAAAAUUCAAAAUCCAAUGAUUCUUAAGGUGGUGGCAACUCUGUUAAAGAAUUCUACACCAAGUGCAGAACUGAUGGAAGUUCGGCGUUUGUUUUUAUCAGAUAUGAUAAAACUUUUCAGCAAUAGCCGUGAAAAUAGAAGAUGUUUACUUCAGUGUUCAGUAUGGCAGGACUGGAUGUUUUCUCUGGGAUAUAUUAACCCUAAGAAUGCUGAAGAACAGAAAAUUACAGAGAUGGUGUACAAUAUCUUCCGCAUUCUUUUGUACCAUGCAAUCAAGUAUGAGUGGGGAGGAUGGAGGGUCUGGGUUGAUACUCUUUCCAUAGCCCAUUCUAAGGUCACCUAUGAAGCUCACAAGGAAUAUCUAGCAAAAAUGUAUGAGGAGUAUCAAAGGCAAGAGGAAGAGAAUAUAAAGAAGGGGAAAAAGGGGAAUGUAAGCACUAUCUCAGGCCUUUCGUCUCAGACAACUGGAGCAAAAGGUGGAUUGGAGAUUCGUGAAAUUGAAGACCUUUCCCAAAGCCAAAGCCCAGAAAGUGAAACGGACUACCCUGUCAGUACAGAUACACGGGAUUUACUUAUUGCAACAAAAGUCUCUGAUGAUGUGCUUGGAAGCUCAGAUAGACCAGGGGGUGGUGUGCAUGUUGAAGUUCAUGAUCUCUUGGUUGACAUAAAAGCAGAAAAGGUAGAAGCCACUGAAGUAAAGUUGGAUGAUAUGGAUCUAUCUCCAGAGACUUUGGUAACGAGAGAAAAUGGUGCCCUUGUGGAAGUAGAAUCGUUGUUAGACAAUGUGUAUAGUGCUGCAGUCGAAAAACUUCAGAACAAUGUUCAUGGCAGUGUUGGCAUAAUUAAAAAAAGUGAAGAGAAGGACAAUGGCCCCUUAAUAACACUGGCUGAUGAGAAAGAUGAACCUUCUAACAAUACCUCAUUUCUUUUUGAUAAAAUACCCAGCCAGGAGGAGAAGCUCCUCCCUGAACUUUCUAGUAAUCACAUUACUAUUGCAAAUAUGCAAGAGACUCAAAUACACCUUGGUGUGAAUGAUGACCUGGGACUUCUUGCUCAUAUGACUGGCAGUGCUGACAUAGCAUGUAGUUCAAGUGUAAUAGAGGACAAGGAUUUCAAAAUUCAUACCUCUGUGGAUGCAAUGGCCACCCUUUCUGAGAGAGAGCUGGCUUCAUCAUCCAAAGGAUUAGAAUAUGCUGAAAUGACUGCUACAACCCUUGAAACUGAGCCUUCUGGUGGUAAAACUGUACCAAAUGUAGAUGCAGGGAGUAUCAUAUCGGAUACAGAAAGAUCUGAUGAUGGGAAAGAAGUAGGGAAAGAGAUAAGAAAAAUUCAAACCACCACUACAACCCAAGCUGUGCAAGGUCGGUCUAUUACACAACAGGAUAGAGACUUGCGCGUUGACUUGGGAUUUCGAGGGAUGCCAAUGACAGAAGAGCAGAGGCGACAGUUCAGUCCAGGUCCACGAACAACCAUGUUUCGCAUUCCAGAGUUUAAAUGGUCCCCAAUGCACCAGAGGCUACUGACAGAUUUGCUCUUUGCUUUGGAAACUGAUGUGCAUGUUUGGAGAAGCCAUUCUACAAAGUCUGUUAUGGACUUUGUCAAUAGCAAUGAAAAUAUUAUUUUUGUACAUAAUACUAUCCAUCUCAUUUCUCAAAUGGUAGACAACAUUAUUAUUGCUUGUGGAGGAAUUCUGCCAUUGUUGUCUGCAGCAACAUCCCCAACUACUGAAUUGGAGAAUAUUGAAGUAACUCAGGGUAUGUCGGCAGAGACAGCAGUGACUUUCCUCAGCCGCUUGAUGGCCAUGGUUGAUGUACUAGUAUUUGCCAGCUCACUAAAUUUUAGUGAAAUUGAAGCUGAAAAAAACAUGUCUUCUGGAGGCUUAAUGCGGCAGUGCCUAAGGCUUGUUUGUUGUGUCGCUGUACGAAACUGUUUGGAAUGUCGACAACGACAGAGAGAGAGAGUAAACAAAUCUUCACUAAUCAGCAGUAAAACUCAGGAGACACUUCAAGGUAUAAGUGCAACUACUACAGCAAAGACUCCAUUGGAAAAUGUUCCUGGUAACCUAUCUCCUAUAAAAGAUCCUGAUAGACUUCUUCAAGAUGUUGACAUUAAUCGUCUGCGAGCAGUUGUGUUUCGUGAUGUGGAUGAUAGCAAACAAGCUCAGUUCUUAGCCUUGGCUGUGGUCUACUUCAUUUCUGUGUUGAUGGUCUCCAAGUAUCGGGAUAUACUUGAACCUCAGCGAGAAACUGCAAGAUCUGGAAGUCAGGCAGGUAGAAAUAUCAGGCAAGAAAUAAAUUCACCGACAAGUACAGUUGUGGUCAUACCAUCUAUCCCACACCCAAGUUUGAACCAUGGAUUCCUUGCCAAGUUAAUCCCUGAACAGAGCUUUACCCACUCAUUUUACAAAGAUACUCCAGCUGUAUUUCCAGAUAAUAUCAAAGAAAAAGAAACUCCAACACCAGUUGAAGAUAUUCAGCUGGAAAGCUCAAUUCCUCAUACGGACUCUGGAAUUGGAGAGGAACAGAUGCCCAGUAUCUUGAAUGGAACAGACUUAGAAACGAGUGCUGGCCCUGAUGCUAUGAGUGAACUGUUGUCUACUUUGUCUUCUGAAGUGAAGAAAUCUCAGGAAAGCUUGACAGAGAGUCCCAGUGAUAUCCUGAAACCUGCAUCCUCAAUAUCAAGUAUCAGCCAAAGCAAGGGCAUCAAUGUCAAGGAAAUCUUGAAAAGUCUAGUGGCAGCUCCUGUUGAGAUUGCAGAAUGUGGCCCUGAUCCAAUCCCCUACCCUGACCCUGCACUGAAGAGAGAAGCUCAGCCUAUCCUCCCAAUGCAGUAUCACUCCUUUGACAGAAGUGUUGUAGUACCGGUGAAGAAACCUCCUCCUGGAAGCCUAGCUGUGACCACAGUUGGAGCUGCCACAACUGGAGGUGGACUCCCACCGAGUAGCACACCUAAUAUAUUUGCUGCAACAGGAGCUACACCAAAAAGUAUGAUUAAUACAACAGGUGCAGUGGACUCAGGAUCUUCAUCGUCAUCGUCAUCAUCUAGUUUUGUGAAUGGUGCUACAAGUAAGAACCUCCCUGCUGUUCAAACCGUUGCACCAAUGCCAGAAGAUUCAGCUGAAAACAUGAGCAUCACUGCAAAGCUUGAAAGAGCAUUGGAAAAAGUGGCCCCACUCCUUCGUGAAAUCUUUGUGGACUUUGCCCCUUUCCUGUCUCGAACACUUUUGGGUAGUCAUGGACAAGAGCUACUAAUAGAAGGCCUAGUUUGCAUGAAAUCAAGCACUUCAGUGGUCGAACUUGUUAUGCUUCUUUGUUCACAGGAAUGGCAGAAUUCUAUUCAGAAGAAUGCAGGACUUGCUUUUAUUGAGCUCAUCAAUGAAGGAAGGUUAUUGUGUCAUGCAAUGAAAGACCACAUAGUUCGUGUUGCGAAUGAGGCAGAGUUUAUUUUGAAUAGGCAAAGAGCUGAAGAUGUACACAAACAUGCAGAAUUUGAGUCACAGUGUGCCCAAUAUGCUGCCGACAGAAGAGAGGAGGAAAAGAUGUGUGACCACCUUAUCAGUGCUGCCAAGCAUCGAGAUCAUGUUACUGCAAAUCAGCUGAAACAGAAAAUACUGAAUAUCUUAACUAAUAAGCAUGGUGCUUGGGGAGCUGUCUCACAUAGCCAACUGCAUGAUUUCUGGCGCUUAGAUUAUUGGGAAGAUGACCUGCGCCGACGGAGACGGUUUGUUCGCAAUGCUUUUGGCUCCACCCAUUCUGAUGCCUUGCUCAAAGCUGCUGUGGAAUAUGGCACUGAAGAAGAUGUAGUAAAGUCAAAGAAAACUUUCCGAAGUCAAGCCGUGGUCAAUCAGAACGCUGAAACUGAGCUUAUGCUAGAAGGGGAUGAUGAUGCUGUUAGUCUGCUCCAAGAGAAGGAAAUUGACAAUCUUGCAGUUAUAGCACCUAAAUUUCUUCCCAGACUGUUCAUUUCACGAGGCCCUGUGGUCCUCAGCACGCCGGCUCAGCUCAUCGCUCCAGUGGUGGUGGCCAAAGGGACUCUCUCCAUCACCACGACUGAGAUCUACUUCGAGGUGGACGAAGAUGACCCGGCCUUCAAGAAGAUCGACCCCAAAGUUCUUGCUUAUACAGAAGGCCUUCAUGGAAAAUGGAUGUUCAGCGAAAUUCGAGCUGUUUUCUCAAGACGUUACCUUCUUCAGAAUACAGCCUUGGAGGUGUUCAUGGCAAACAGAACCUCCGUAAUGUUCAAUUUCCCUGACCAAGCAACAGUCAAAAAAGUUGUGUACAGCUUACCUCGUGUUGGAGUGGGAACCAGCUAUGGUUUGCCACAAGCAAGGCGAAUUUCUCUGGCCACUCCCCGCCAACUUUAUAAAUCAUCCAACAUGACUCAGCGGUGGCAGAGAAGGGAGAUUUCCAAUUUUGAAUACUUGAUGUUUCUCAAUACUAUAGCAGGACGCACAUAUAAUGAUCUAAACCAAUACCCUGUAUUUCCAUGGGUGUUAACAAAUUAUGAAUCAGAGGAGUUGGACCUAACCCUUCCGGGAAACUUUAGAGAUCUUUCAAAGCCCAUCGGUGCUUUGAACCCAAAGAGAGCAGUCUUUUAUGCAGAGCGCUAUGAGACAUGGGAAGAUGAUCAGACUCCACCUUAUCAUUAUAACACUCAUUAUUCAACAUCUGCUUGUACAUUAUCCUGGCUUGUUCGCAUUGAGCCUUUUACAACCUUCUUCCUCAAUGCAAAUGAUGGAAAAUUUGAUCAUCCAGAUCGAACCUUCUCUUCAGUGGCAAGAUCAUGGAGAACUAGCCAAAGAGACACUUCAGAUGUGAAGGAGUUAAUUCCAGAGUUUUACUACCUACCAGAAAUGUUUGUCAACAGUAAUGGAUAUAACCUAGGAGUCAGAGAAGAUGAAGUGGUUGUAAAUGACGUGGAGCUUCCUCCUUGGGCAAAGAAGCCUGAAGAUUUUGUUCGGAUCAAUAGGAUGGCUCUGGAAAGUGAGUUUGUAUCAUGUCAACUUCACCAGUGGAUUGAUCUUAUAUUUGGCUACAAGCAACGAGGACCAGAAGCAGUACGGGCACUUAAUGUUUUCCACUACCUAACAUAUGAAGGCUCUGUUAACCUUGACAGCAUCACUGAUCCUGUGCUCAGAGAGGCCAUGGAGGCACAGAUACAGAACUUUGGACAGACGCCAUCUCAGUUGCUUAUUGAGCCACAUCCGCCUCGGAGCUCUGCCAUGCACCUGUGUUUCCUUCCACAGAGUCCACUUAUGUUUAAAGAUCAGAUGCAGCAGGAUGUAAUAAUGGUUCUCAAAUUUCCAUCAAAUUCUCCUGUCACACAUGUGGCGGCCAACACGCUUCCCCACCUUACCAUUCCUGCCGUGGUAACCGUGACUUGCAGCCGCCUUUUUGCAGUGAAUAGAUGGCACAACACAGUAGGCCUCAGGGGAGCCCCAGGAUAUUCUUUGGAUCAAGCUCAUCAUCUUCCUAUUGAAAUGGAUCCAUUGAUUGCCAAUAACUCUGGUGUGAACAAACGGCAGAUUACGGACCUUGUGGAUCAAAGCAUUCAGAUCAAUGCUCAUUGUUUUGUGGUCACAGCUGAUAAUCGCUACAUUCUUAUCUGUGGUUUUUGGGACAAGAGUUUUCGAGUUUAUUCAACAGAAACAGGAAGACAUCAUUUCUUUGUUGCAGGCAAACUAACUCAGAUUGUGUUUGGCCACUGGGAUGUAGUCACUUGUCUCGCCAGAUCAGAAUCUUAUAUCGGUGGGGAUUGCUACAUAGUCUCUGGCUCUCGUGAUGCUACAUUACUGCUGUGGUAUUGGAGUGGCCGACAUCAUAUCAUUGGUGACAAUCCAAAUAGCAGUGAUUAUCCUGCUCCCAGAGCUGUUCUAACUGGUCAUGACCAUGAAGUUGUCUGUGUAUCUGUUUGUGCUGAGCUGGGACUUGUCAUAAGUGGUGCUAAAGAAGGACCUUGCCUGGUGCAUACAAUUACUGGAGAUUUGCUGAGAGCACUUGAAGGAACAGAAAACUGUUUGUAUCCUCGCUUAAUUUCAGUAUCUAGUGAAGGCCACUGUAUCAUCUACUACGAACGAGGCAGAUUCAGCAAUUUCAGCAUUAAUGGGAAACUCUUGGCUCAGAUGGAAAUCAGUGACUCUACCAGGGCUAUCCUCCUGAGCAGUGAUGGGCAGAAUCUGGUGACUGGUGGUGAUAAUGGAGUGGUGGAAGUGUGGCAGGCUUGUGACUUCAAGCAACUCUACAUUUACCCCGGCUGCGAUGCUGGCAUUAGAGCAAUGGACCUGUCCCAUGAUCAGAGGACUCUAAUUACUGGCAUGGCUUCUGGUAGCAUUGUAGCUUUUAACAUCGAUUUUAAUCGGUGGCAUUAUGAGCAUCAGAAUAGAUAUUGAACCAGAGUGAAGAACUGAAAGCAGGAGUGAAACUGAGAGCACAAGUGCUACUGUAAGGCAUAAUCUCUGGUGGAAAAACAAGUCUGCAUUGACCUCCGUUGUACAUUCCAUUACACCCAGCAAUAGCUGUACAUUGUAGUCAGCAACCAUUUUACUUUGUGUGUUUUUUCACAACUGAACACCAGCUGCUGCAAAAGCGAGCUUGUAUCAUGUAAAUUAUACUGAAUUAGGAGAUGUUUUGGUAAUUAUUUCAUAUACCUUUGUUUACUGAGAAAAGGUAGUAGAACACGUCACAAGAGACUUUUGAAUAUUCUGAGGAACCUUGUGUCUGGUUGUUAUAUUGUUUGGGCCAUGAACCUAACAUCCAUUUCCCAUUUCCAGCCUCUUUUCAAGCUGAAAAAUAGUUAAAAGAAGAAAUACUACGUUUGAUACUUUGUACAUCAGAUGCACAUCUUAACUUUAAAGGGAUACUUUUGUAAAAGUAAAACCUUGUAUAAAGAACAAAAAUGUUUCUUAAUUUUAUUGUGGAGUUACAACUUGCAUGUACUUUAAACCUGUUGUCUUGAUGAAACAGCCACAUCCGCAGGUUGAACUGGACAGCUGCCCGAGGGCCCAGCUUGUAUUCAAGAGUUGAAAUGUGGCGCAAGCCACUAUUUUGUCAUUACCACUGAAACAUGGUUUGCACUUUUCAAUCUCAAGUCACCCCUUCUGAGUGGAGUUUUGCUCAUAACAUGAAGCAUUUGGAUAUGAAGCCAUUGUCUGCCAUAUUUAUACUUUAUAAAAAGAAAAUUCUUCCCUUUUUAGUUUAAAAUAAUGUGAUAGACAGGCGGGAGCACAGAAGAGAUGCUAUGCUACAGUGCUUAAUGACUCCCACCAAAGCAAGAGUGCUAGACUUCUGGAUUCAUCACAUUUGGCAUACUGUACAUUGUAGGGAGAGAUCAAUUAAUAGUCUCUCUUCAUUUCUUCGGAAAUAAAGCUUGGUUAAAAACAACCUUAGCUUCAUUGGGGUUGAUCUUUUAAUUCUUCUGAAAGUAAGUCACACGUUAAGCCACAUUCUCCGUUGAAGGCACUUCAUUUUUGACAGUACUGUAACGACUAUCAGGAUAAUUUGCCGUACAUUCUACAGAUCAAGUCACACACCCAGGGGUAUAUACACUUUACUUCAUGUUUCUUCUUUGUAUAUUUGGUGACUGUAUUGUCAUAGAUGUACAUAUUGUGUCGGUAGGGCUAUGAGGCAUGUAACAGGAAUGUAAUUUUCUCAGACUUUACACUCACUUGCAGUCAUUUAUUUUAAAAAAGAUAAAACAAGGUAAUUGAUUCUUUGUACUGGCACUUUGCACCAGAAACAUAUCAUUAUUUAUUGACGUGAUUCUUAUUUGUUUUCCACCUUGUAUUAGUAAGUUUUAGCACUAAAUACCUUCUUCAUUGUUGUUUGUAUUUAUAAGAUUCUGAAAUCAAGGGGAAUCAAUGUAAUGAUUAAGUUAUUCAUCAUCGGUUUGUAAGCAAUAUCUUGAGUUGGUAGCUUAGAAUUGGGAGAAUAUUGAACAUCUGGAAGAUAAGUUCAUUUCAUCUCAAGAUCAUGGUGAAAUAUUUUGGAUAUAUAAAUUCCUUAAGCUAUUGUAACCAUGUUUUAUUGCAAAGAUGUAAAAUAUGCCAGAUGUGUGUGAGUUGGAAAUCAAAAAGAAAAAUAAAAUAUGCAAAGAAUU